AUGGCAAAAGCUAGGGUGGUUCCUUUGAAACCAGUCACAGUACCACGGUUGGAGCUCCAGGCCGCAGUGGUGUCGGUGAAGAUUAGCGACCUUUUCAACCGAGAACUGACCUACCCCAAUUUCAAGAACGUUUUAUGGACCAACUCAAAGGUUGCCAUUGGCUACAUAAAAAAUGAAGCCCGGAGAUUCCACAUUUACGUCGCCAACAGGAUCCAGAGAAUUCAUGAGUCUUCUAGCCCAAACCAAUGGAGAUACGUGGCCACAGAUGAAAAUCCUGCGGAUUUUGCUUCAAGAGGCCUAAGAGCUGACGAGUUGGCUGUCUGCAAUUGGUUUCAGAGACCACAAUUCCUCUGGCAAGAUGAAACCCCAGCAGAAACCAUCCCGCAAGAACCAAUUACAUCUGAUGAUCCAGAGGUCAGAAAGGUCAACGUCCUAGCCAAUGGAACAGCAGUGAAUACUCCGCUCCUGGAUCGACUCAACAAGUUUUCAAACUGGUCAAAGCUGACCUUGGCCAUCAGUGUUCUCCUCAACUGCUGCUCCAGGAAACUGAAGCAGGAUCAAGCAUCCCCCUUACAAGCCAGAAGAAAGGCAGAAAAGGUCUUAAUCAAGACGAUACAGAAGGAGGCAUUCAGGGAGGAACUCACCCAGCUGCAGCAGAAAGAGACUGUAAAGAGAAAUAGUCGCCUGCAUGACUUGGACCCUUUUUUUAUAUAG